AUGAUGAUGGAAUCGAAUAUAGUUAUUUUGAUCUACGAACUUUUCUUUGCUAAACAGUACCUAAACAGAAAUUAUGUAGCCAGUAUAGUGGGUAUUAUAAAUUGUCAACCUUUCAUUAUUAUGGCCUUCAUUAACCCUUAUUUCCUUUUGCUCUUUAAGAACAUCGAAAGAGACUUAGCGAAAUUUUGUGGAUCACUAACAACAGAAGACGCCAAUUUCAACAGGACCAUUUCCCGGGAAGUGUUGAAAACGAAAUUUAUAUUUUUUAGCCUUGUCGUCUUGCUUUUUCUUUGCAAUUAUAUAUAUGCCGCAUUUAAUCUUAAAGGCGAAAUUAAAUUAUUCCUUAUUAUAAACUAUAUGUUGGAAUACACGAAUGAGGUGGGCACUGCUAUAAUGGUUUUGUCAGUGGUGACUGGGAUUUCUUGUCACACCGUGGUAUCGUUGUCUUUUAUAAUUUAUUGCAUUGCUCAAGUUAUUUGUCAAAUACGUUUGUUGAGGCAUCUUUUACAGGAGAGUCUAAAUAAUUUGAGUCAUUCGAUAGAUGAUGAAAACUAUCAAAAUUAUAUUGGCGAAAUUUUGAAAUUUUGUGUAAAGCAUCAUAACAGCAUAGCUUAUUUUAACAAUUAUCAUUUAAGUUUAAUGCAAAUGCCUAUACUUGUUUUGAGCGCUUUAGGUGGAGUUACCAUAGCAGUUAGCUAUUAUUUCGUGUAUGCAAAAACCUACCCCUUUUAUGACACCACCAUGUAUUGCAAUAUAGGAAUAGCUUUAAUUUUGCUGAGUACUUACACUCAUUACGGGCAAUUAUUAGCGGAUGAGGUAAGUGUUAUGAAAAAUGUUAUAAAAUAUGAGUAGAAACAAAUCCAAUUACCCUUUUCAGUCCGAAAAUUUAUAUAACACUUUAUGCGAAACACCUUGGAUUCACUGGAAUAAAAAAAAUCGCCAGAUGUUACAGAUAAUGAUGGUAAAUUCGAUGGAACCAUUAAAAAUUAAUUUGAUUCAAGGCCAGACAUUUAAUUAUGCUUAUAAUCUAAGUGUAUUGCAGUUUUGUUAUAGCGUCUUUACGCUUGCCACAAGUCUUUAAAUUCUGGAAAACAACUCUGGAUGAAAUUCUUAGCUUUCUUUGCAUUUAUCACUGCUGGAUCAAUUCACAAAUUUGUCGAUACGUUGGUGCAAUUUAUAAUAAAUA